UUCUGUCUUCAUACCCAGGCUGACUUCUGCACCCUGAUCUCACUCUAAACAGUGACCUCAUUGCCUUGUUCAGCUGGUGAGAAACUACAGUAAAAUGGAAGAGAUGCUCCUCUCACGAUUGCUGCCCCUGGAGCCCGAGUCCACGCUGACCGAAGAGGACAUGAAGGAGGGGUCCAGCUUUGGUCCUCAGCAGUUCUCCUCCACUCUCCCCUUCCUCCCGUCUGGGGCUAGAGCUGCCCGUCCAUCCCUCUGGCGCAAGAACCUCGCCAGUCGCAAGUGGGCACUGCCUGGAGAUUGGGCCUGGAAGGCCAUGCCCAGGGGUUGCUUCGGGCUGAAACUGGACCGAAUCGGAACCUUCAGUGGUUUGGGGUGUUAGCUUUGGAGGGCCUCC